GUGAGGGGCACUGUGAUUUUAGAAAGAGUUUGUUAAGCGCGAGCUGUCACACGGGGCAGCGAUUCGGGGACUGCGGAGCAUCGCGCGAUGUAUUUGUCUGACGUGAAUAACGGGUGUGAUUUGACAACUGAAACGCCUUGAUCGCGUAAAGCAUUCCGAUGCUAUGAUAGUCGCUUCUCUUAAGGUAUUUCGUAUACCUUUAUUUUAACACUAUAACCUGCAUUCUUGUUUGUUGUUAUCCGGAUACUGCUCUUUGCAACAAGUGGAAUUUUGCUGUGCAGACCGUGAUCCAUCUGUCAUGGAGGAGCAAAACGAUCAAAACAGUCGUGAUUCGACUGAAUCUGAGAGCGUCUCGCUCUCACCCAAUAUACCAUCCCCUCCGAUUUUACCUCACCAGGAUGCGCAGCAAGCACACAGAACCACGAACUUUUUCAUCGACAAUAUUCUAAGGCCAGAUUUUGGCUGCAAGAAAGAUCUUGGGAGUAGGGACCGGGCACAAACCUCGGGCAGAGAGAAUGUUAACCCUAUGGUGAUCAGGCCGUCGCAUAAUAGCAGCCUUUGCCAGGAUUCAAACUGCAGUAGUGACAGCACUUCUUCAUCCUCGUCUUCUUCGCCAUCCUCAAAGCAGACCUCUGCAAAGCUUGUCGAAGGAAAUGGAACUACCACAGCGAGGUACGGGGAGAAUACGACGUCGAUAAUGGUGGUGAACGCUAACGGGGGAACUUCGCAAGUAAAAGAAUCGCAGCCUAAUUUACUAUGGCCUGCGUGGGUUUACUGCACCCGGUACUCGGACAGACCUUCAUCUGGCCCAAGGACACGAAAAUUGAAAAAGAAGAAAAGCGAGAAGGAAGACAAGCGACCGAGAACCGCUUUCACGGCUGAACAGCUGCAGAGACUUAAAGCCGAGUUUCAGGCGAAUCGGUACAUUACGGAGCAGCGGAGACAGUCGCUGGCCCAGGAACUCAACCUCAAUGAGUCGCAAAUAAAAAUCUGGUUCCAAAAUAAGAGGGCCAAAAUCAAAAAGGCCACUGGCUAUAAGAACGGCCUCGCUCUUCAGCUCAUGGCUCAAGGACUCUAUAACCAUUCCACAACAACAGUUCAAGAAGCUAAAGACGAUAGCGAAUAAAAUGGCCUGGUUUCUCUCCUAACAAGGCCAUGGACGCUGACCCCGACAAAAGGGAUUUUUCAUAUUUUUUAUGAAUCAUAUGAAAAGGAAAUGUCUCCGAAUUCUGCGAAACGAAGAUACAAUAUUUAACAGAUUUCUGUUUAUCAUACAGUAUAUGGACAUGCGUCUAAAUAUGAAGAUUAUAAAAAUUUAUUUAUAGCCAAAACUGUAAGAUGUGUAUAUUUAAUUCCAGGUAAGGGGAUGUCUGUAUUGCUCCUUACUUGCUGAAUAUUUCUAACGUUUCUUCUCCUUUUCCAAUGUGGUUGCUCACCGUUCCAGUAGGCCUAAGUAUCAGGCUUGUUAAGAGUUUUUUUGUGUGAAAGCACUGUCUUUUAAACCCCUUAUCUCACAGUUCUUCAAAUGCGUGACUGAACCAACGCUUCAAGCCAAAGAUUUUAUUAUGUUCAGAUUAUGUUAUCUGAAAUAAAAAAAAAAGGUAGA